AUGGCUCUCGGCCAGUCAAACCCCGAGAAGGAGCCCAUGCUCGCGCAGCAGGACGGCGACCAGCAGCAGGCCGCUACAGUCCAGAAGUCGAACCCCGCGGUUGACACCGAUGGCAGCAGUCCUCAGGGUGCGCCAGUCAGGGGACGAAAACAGCAGCAGCAGCAGCCCCUCCUCCACUCCGCGCUUGAAAAUUUACCCCCGCCGAAUUUUGUGCUCUCGGCAGCCGCAAUUUUCUCUCUCCUCCUCGGCCUCUUCCUCGUUUUUGCCCCUCCUUUUUUCCUCGACCCUCCAGCUCCUGCACAUACCGUCUUUUCCACAGUCACCGAAACAGUCACCUCCCUCCAAACCCCAACUUAUAUCCCAGAUCAAUCCGCCAGCAUGUCUUCCGAGCAGACCUUCAUUGCCAUCAAGCCCGAUGGUGUCCAGCGUGGACUCGUCGGCCCCAUCGUCUCUCGCUUCGAGAGCCGUGGCUUCAAGCUCGUCGCCAUCAAGCUCGUGAGCCCCUCCAAGGACCACCUCGAGACCCACUACGCCGAUCUCAAGGAGAAGCCUUUCUUCCCCGGUCUCGUCCAGUACAUGCUCAGCGGUCCCAUCUGCGCCAUGGUCUGGGAGGGCCGUGACGCCGUCAAGACCGGCCGCACCAUCCUCGGUGCCACCAACCCCCUCGCCUCCGCCCCUGGCACCAUCCGUGGCGACUUCGCCAUCGAUGUCGGCCGCAACGUCUGCCACGGCUCCGACAGCGUCGAGAACGCCAAGAAGGAGAUUGCCCUUUGGUUCAAGGACGAGGAGCUCAUCUCCUGGAAGAGCGCCCAGUUCGACUGGAUCUACGAGAAGGCCUAA